AUGAAGAUAAGCCUUUCAACCAAAGUUGGAGACAAACAAGCUAAGGUGACUUUUGGUAAAAGUGCAUGUAGAUUACAGAGCUUCCUCAAAAAACGGUGCAGAUCCCGUGGAUAUGAUGACACGGAUGCCUCUCCUUUGCAUCAUGCUGCAGAAGCAGGUGAACUAGAACUGAUGGAGAUGAUCCUCAAUGAGUCCUGUUGUGAAGAGCUGAAUGUGAUGGAUAAUUAUGGAAAUACCCCCCUGUACUGGGCUACAGACAAAAACCAGGUCAAAAGCAUCCAAUUUCUUCUCAGCCGAGGAGCAAACCCCAACAUCCGAAACUACAACAUGAUGGCCCCUCUCCACAUAGCUGUGCAGCGUGGGUACAACGAGUUGGUGAAGGUCUUGGUUGAGCAUGGAAGUACAAAUAUCAACUUGGAAGGAGAAAAUGGAAACACUGCUGUGAUGUUUGCGUGCUCCAAAGAUAAUAGUGAAGCACUACAAUUUUUGUUAAACAAAGGAGCUAAGCCAUGCAUCCAAAAUAAGUGGGGAUGCUUCCCUAUACACCAGGCUGCCUUUUCCGGUGCCAAAAAGUGCAUGGAAAUAAUUUUAAAGUUUGGUGAAGAUCAUGGACAUAGCAGAAAUAAUCAUAUUAACUUUGUCAAUAAUGGGAAACAUAGCCCUCUCCACAUGGCUGUUCAGAGCGGCGACUUGGAAAUGAUCAAAAUGUGCCUGGAUAAUGGUGCACAGAUAGAGUUAAUGGAGAACGGGAAGUGCACAGCCCUUCAUUUUGCUGCCACGCAGGGAGCCACGGAGAUUGUUAAAUUGAUGAUAGCCUCCUAUUCCGGUGACAGCGAUAUUGUGAACGCAGUGGAUGGAAACCAGGAGACACUGCUGCACAGAGCGUCACUAUUUGAUCAUCAUGAACUUGCAGAAUAUUUAAUUUCAGUGGGUGCAGAUAUCAAUAGCAUUGAUUGUGAAGGACGUUCUCCACUUUUAUUAGCAACUGCUUCUGCAUCUUGGAAUAUUGUGAAUUUGCUACUCUCUAAAGGUGCCCAUGUAGACAUAAAGGAUUUUCUUGGACGUAAUUUUUUGCAUUUGACUGUACAACAAAGUCAUGGAUUGAAAAAUUUGCAACCUGAGUUUAUGCAGAUGAAACAUAUUAAAGAGCUGGUCAUGGAUGAAGACAACAACGGCUGUACUCCUCUACAUUAUGCAUGCAGACAGGGGGUGCCUGUCUCUGUGAAUAACUUACUUCAUUUUAAUGUGUCCAUUAAUUCUAAAAGCAAAGAUAAGAAAUCACCGCUGCACUUUGCAGCCAGUUAUGGGCGUAUCAAUACCUGUCAGAGGCUUCUACAAGACAUAUCUGACAUGAGGCUUUUGAAUGAAGGUGAUCUCCAUGGCAUGACACCUCUCCAUUUGGCAGCAAAAAAUGGACACGAUAAAGUUGUUCACCUUCUACUGAAAAAAGGUGCAUUAUUUCUCAGUGACCACUAUGGCUGGACUGCUUUGCAUCAUGCGUCCAUGGGUGGGUACACUCAGACCAUGAAGGUCAUUCUGAACACCAAUCUGAAGUGCACAGAUCGGCUGGAUGAAGAAGGGAACACCGCGCUCCACUUCGCGGCCAGGGAAGGCCAUGCCAAGGCCGUGGCACUUCUUCUGAGCUGCGGUGCUGACAUCGUCCUGAACAAGCAGGAUGCCUCCUUCUUGCACGUGGCUAUCCACAACAAGAGGAAGGACGUCGUUCUGACCGCAAUCAGGAGCCAAAGGUGGGAAGAAUGUUUUAAAGUAUUUAGUCAUCGUUCUCAAAGCAAUAAAUGUCCUGUCAUGGAAAUGGUGGAAUACCUCCCUGAAUGCAUGAAAGUUCUUCUAGAUCUGUGCAUGCUUCACUCCACAGAGGACAAGUCAUGCCGAGACUACCACAUUGAGUAUAAUUUCAAGUAUCUUCAAUGUCCACUAGAGUUCACCCAAACAGUGAGGCCUGAAAAGGAUGUAACAUAUGAACCUCUGGCAACGCUCAAUGCAAUGGUACAGCAUAAUCGCAUAGAGCUUCUCAAUCAUCCUGUCUGUAAGGAAUAUUUAUGUAUGAAAUGGCUAGCCUAUGGAUUUAAAGCCCACAUUGUGAACCUGGGAUCAUACUGUCUGGGUCUCAUGCCUAUGACCUUCCUCGUGGUCAAUAUAAAGCCAGGAAUGGGUUUCAACUCAACUGGAAUCAUUAAUGGAACAAGUGACCACUCAGAAAUACUAGACACCCAGAAUUCAUACCCUAUAAAAGUGUGUAUGAUAUUGGUUUUUUUAUCAAGCAUACUUGGAUAUUGCAAAGAAGUUUCCCAGAUCUUCCAACAGAAAAUGAGUUACUUUUGGGAUCACAGUAAUGGAGUGGAAUGGAUUAUCUAUACAACCAGCCUCAUUUUUGUGUUGCCCUUGUUCACCGGUGUACCAGCUUACAUACAGUGGCAGUGCGCAGCAAUUGCUAUAUUCUUCUAUUGGAUGAACUUCUUAUUGUAUCUGCAGAGGUAAAAUCAGCUUGAAUCACGUCUACAGCUUUUACAUAUUCUUUUAAGCUUUUACAUAUUCUUUUAAUAUNNNUUUUUAAAUGUUGUGUUUCAUUUUUACAUUGUGGUCUUUUCUUAGGAUGCCUUCAGCCACCCACUGCUUUCCAUCAUCCAGACCUUCAGCAUGAUGCUUGGAGAUAUCAAUUAUCGGGAUUCCUUUCUAGAACCCUUCUUGAGGGAUGAGUUGGCAUAUCCACUCCUGUCCUUUAUACAACUUAUUACAUUCACAUUGUUUGUUCCAAUUGUCCUCAUGAACUUACUGAUUGGUCUGGCAGUUGGGGACAUUGCCGAGGUACAAAAACAUGCAUCACUGAAGAGGAUCGCUAUGCAGGUGAAACUCCACACCAGCUUAGAGAAGAAACUGCCACUCUGCUUCCUACAAAAAGUGGAUCAAGAGAGCAUCAUCGUGUACCCCAACAGACCCAGAUAUGACGGGGGAGUGAUAUGUUUAUUUCAAUAUAUCUUCUCCAUCAAAGAAACAGGACAAGAAGCACCAAAUGUUGAUACAUCUUUAGAAACAGAAAUAUUGAAGCAAAAAUACCGGCUGAAAGACCUCACGUCUCUUCUGGAAAAACAGCACGAGCUCAUUAAGCUCAUCAUUCAGAAGAUGGAGAUCAUCUCUGAGACAGAGGAUGAAGACAGCCACAGCUCUUUUCAAGACAAGUUCAAAAAAGAGCAGCUCGAGCAAAGGAACAGCAAAUGGAACUGUCUGCUGAAGGCCGUAAAGUCACAGGGCUCUUAG